AUGAGUCUCAACAACGUUGAAGGGGACGACGAAGAAGAACUCACGAAAAUAGACACCCUAUGUGAUAUUCUCUCAAGCUUUGAUGAGGGUCGCACCCCAAGCGAGUACAAGCGCGAUGUUGUAGACAACCAGCAGCCAUCAAUGUCUUUCGACGACAUCUUCGUUCCAGGAGAUAUCUCCCGAACGAUCUAUCGGCUUGCAAUCUAUGAUGAAGCCUUCUAUCAGUACCUGCGGCAGGUGGUACCACCCGACGUGUGUGCGAGGCAGUACUAUAAUAAGCAGCUACCAGAACAGUGGAGGGAUAUGGAUGUCCCUAAAUGCGCACGCACUCUUCGUUUGCUCGUGCACCAGUUGUGUGAAGACCGCGAGAGAAGGACCACGAAUGCUCCUCUCGGCAUAGGGGCAGUAUCUCUCCUGGCUGAGACCCUCACUGACCUCGUAGAAGAGGUCUGCUUCCACAACCGAGACAUCUACGAGGGAAGCAGCUGGAACAGAAAUCAAGAGCCCAAUGAACCUGAAAGAGAACGCAAUUUGUACGCUUACCUGAUCGGAAAUCCUCCGUUCAAUCCAUCACUCCUUCUCUGGAUGAGAGACCACUUGAUCAUUGCCCGACUGCGAGCCUUCCCCGCCGACGUAGGGAGGUCCCUUUCCGAGCGUCUGACCACCAUCAAGGAGAAUAUUGAUGAAUGGGAUGCUGAUAAUAUGCCUGCGUCUCGAGCAUAUGCCGGCAGGAUUGAGGACAUGUUGCACGAGUACGAUACUACCUAG